AUGUCGUUUUGGAUUCGUCCGGCUUCCGUGUUCCCUCGAUUCGUCGAGGAAUGUAUGCGUGAUUUCCGUUAUAUGGAAAGGAUGAUGUUCACUCCCUUACUUCGCACAAUUCCACAACCAGUCGAUCGAUACGCUAGUGAGAUAGUCAACAAUGAGUCGAAGUUCGCUGUGUCUGUUGACGUGUCAGAGUUCAAGCCAGAGAAUCUUAAAGUGAACAUAGAUGGUCAUCGUCUAACUAUUGAAGCAAAAGAGGAGCUCAAAGAGGAGAAUGGUUACUCGAUGAGAUCUUUCACCCGUCGGUUUCUGCUACCAGAAGACGUUGAUCUGAAUGCAAUUCAUUCUUCUCUUACUGAUAAUGGUCAGCUGUCAGUCGAAGUCCCAAGACUGAAUAAGCCGCUUGAAUCAAGUGGCAGAAGCAUCCCAAUCGAACAAGUGGGUGAAAAGUCGUAG